UCAUUCUCAAGGUCUUUCUUUCAGCCCUUCUAAGAGUAUCCUGUUCAGGGACCUUCUGUUUCAGUUGUCAUUUCUCUACUCCAGCUGUCUUUCCCUGCUCAUUUAGAUCUCAUGUGGUCUCACUACUACCCAAGCCACAUAUUGGAGUGUAGUCAUGCCCUGCUUGGUCUUGGGGGUAAUGUAUGGUUUCUCUGUUUGCAGCUUGGUUAUCUGGCAGAUUUCCUUCAGUAAGAAGUGGCUCUGGAAGCCCCCAGAAACCAGUGUGGUCUGUGGUUGCAAGGCAUGAUGACUGCAAAAGUGGUUCCUAUGCCUCCAAAGCCAAAGCAGUCCUUUAUACUGAGAGUUCCACCAGAUUCUAAGCUGGGCCAGGACCUACUUCGAGAUGCCACUAGUGGGCCCAAGACCAUCCACCAGCUAGUUCUGGAGCACUUCCUUACCUUCUUACCUAAGCCAAGCCUGGCCCAGCCCAGUCAGAAAGUCAAGGAGACUUUGGUUAUUAUGAAGGAUGUGAGCUCAAGCCUUCAGAACACAGUGCAUCCUCGUCCUUUAGUGAAGCUUCUGCCCAGAGAAGGAGUCCAGCAGCAACAGGAGACACCUUCUCUGUGUUUGAAAGCUGACCCUGAGGAGCUGGUGGUCUUUGAGGAUUUGAACAUAUUUCACUCCCAAGAAGAAUGUGUGAGCCUGGAUCCUGCUCAACAACCUACCUCCGAGAAGGCAGACAGUGAUGUCGGGGAGAUGACGUUACUGGUCAAUGACAGUAAUCCUGGGAGUGAUGAACUUAAGAAGGAACCAGUGGAGAAUGAAGAUAGUAAAGAAAAGUCUUUAGAUUGUGAUCAAAUGGAUUGUUCCUUGGUCUCUGAGCAACUUCCAGAUUACCAGGAAGAAGAACAACUAAAUACAUCUGUUCCAAAGAAAAGGAAAAUGAGAAAUCUUUUAGUUACCAUUGAAAAUGAUACCCCACUAGAGGAACUCUCAAAAUACGUGGACAUCAAUGUUAUUGCACUUACUCAAAAUCGAAGAACAAGGAGAUGGUACACUUGUCCAUUGUGUGGUAAACAAUUUAAUGAAAGUUCUUACCUUAUUUCCCACCAGAGGACUCAUACUGGAGAAAAACCAUAUGACUGUAGUCACUGUGGGAAAAGCUUCAAUCAUAAAACAAACCUCAAUAAACAUGAGCGAAUCCAUACAGGAGAGAAACCUUAUUCCUGUUCUCAGUGUGGGAAAAACUUUCGUCAAAAUUCUCAUCGGAGUCGCCAUGAAGGAAUCCAUAUAAGGGAGAAGAUAUUUAAGUGUCCAGAAUGUGGGAAAACCUUCCCAGAAAAUGAAGAAUUUGUGCUUCAUCUGCACAGUCAUGAGGCUGAGAGGCCAUAUGGUUGCAAAAAAUGUGGGAGAAGAUUUGGUCGAUUGUCAAACUGUACCCGGCAUGAGAAAACCCACUCAGCAUGUAAGAAUCGAAAGCAGAAAUGAUGUUGGGAAAGGUCUUAUCGUCCUAUCUGAACAUGAAAAGUUUCAUAAGGAAUUCUGAAUUCCUAGGCUGCCUAAAAAGAUACAGAUAUGUGAAAACCUCAUUAUUGCCAAAAUUGGAUAAAUACCAAUCUUGGCUGAAACCUCAACUUGUUAGAAAAUUCACAGGGAAGGAAACAUUUUCAAGGGCUAUACCUCAAUUAGCAUCCAGGCUUUUUGAACUGAGGAACUUUCUUUUGUGAAGCACGAGAAUGUACAGAUCACAGAUCCCUAUCCCAAAAAAGACUUUUAAUAUGAGUGUCGAGUCUGUUUACUUGCAAGGUAAACAGAGUGACUCACGUCUAUUGAAAGUAUAUCCAUCCCGCCCCCAUGGGAAUUCAUACUUGAAAAGUAAUCAAAGGUCCUUAUCUGGAACUGUGUUCUCCUGAAAAAACCAAACUACUGAUUUGUUAAGCCAACAGCUUCUAAUAGCAAUUCAUAUAACCCUCUCAGAACACCUGUUAAGUCUUGAGUGUUGAAAGGAAUUGUUUACUUGAGAAUACAGGAAAAC